AUUCCCCUAACCCAAAAACCCUAGAGGGCCGCCAUUGGAGCUCCCCUCACCAGCGAGCCGCCUCCACACUCGCAGCCGCGUCCGCCUCGUCCCUCCCUUCUCUCCCUGCUCUCGCAAUGGCCGACGGCGGCGAGACCACCGCCACCGCCACCGCCACCGCCACCGCGUUGGUGGCCUUGGGAGGCAAGGGUUCCUCCCUCUCUCCGUCCUCACUGCACGCAGUGUCCGCCGGAACCGCGCGCGUGCGCGUGGACUCGUCGGCGCGCGAUCGCCUCGCGUCGUCCCCGCCCGCCGCCAAUCGGACCUCCCCCGCCGCCGCCAAUCUCCAGAUAUCCUUCCCUCCUUACUUCACCGCCGCGGAAACGCGCGCUUCCCUCGCGGUGCUCCUCAACAAGCUCCUCGUGUCGGGAGGUCCUGGCACGGGCACGGCGCUCGUCGAUCUCAUAUCGGAUUCCUUGAAUUCCGCGGAGGGGUACGAGGGUUUUGGAAAUCUCGCCGUGACUAAUGAAGAAGUGUCUAUAUCGGAGAAGGCGCAUUCCAGUUUGUAUGGGAUUAGCGCGCUUUUGGAUCACUUGUCGACGGCCUUGUCCACCACGGUCGAUGCGGUUGCUGCAUUGUCGUGCGAGGCCAUCAAAGCCGAUGUGGCGGUCUUCAAUCCGACGGACUCGGGCGAUGGGUUCGUCUCGAAAGAUGAGAUCGGGGUUGCCAGCGACAUGAAGGUUUUGCUUAACGGGUCUAAGUUGGUGGGUAAGGUGGAGAGCGAGGCAAUCUCAAGCAUUCUCAAAGUUCAUGCAACAUUGAGAAGGGUGGUGAAAUCAGUGCAUUCAGAGGUGCGAGUGUACCUGAAUUCGUCAGUUAAAAUUCAGAAAACUGGGUCUACUACUGAUGGUGCGGCGGUUGUGAAUGUGUUGUGGCCGCUGGCUGAUGUGCUACUGAGUAUCGGUGAGAGCUCUUUAUGUCGAGCGAAGAUGGAUUUAGAUGCGAUUGCUGCCGAUGCCCUGAAAAGCAGCUUAACAGGUAUGUUUGAGAAGGAGUGUGCGCGUAUGGAUGAUUUAGAGAAUGAGAAAAAGGUGCUCAACGAUGCAUAUGUCGGUAGAGAAUUUGAGAAGUUUGUGCAUGAAUUGUACGUGCUUUGUGGUUGUGUCUGGAAAACAGUGGUUUGGGAGGCAAUUACCGCAUUUGUUGCCCUCGAGGGAAGUGAAUUGAUUGAAAAGGGAAAGCAUGAGGAAAUUAACGGAGUGCAAGCAGAUAAGAAAAGUGAGAAGAAGAAGAAGAAGGUGGUGUUGGGGAGAGGGACAUCUGUCUUGGUGCAAUUGAUUAAGGAUAGAUUUCAGAGGAACGGAAGUGACGAGUCAGUUUCUCUAGAGAAACUUGUAAAAGAUUUAUUAUUGUUCCUGGACGCGAGGGGCCCAGAAUUUGACCAUUUCUUGAACAAAGUCAAGGACAUUGUGGACAGUAAUGAGAGUAGAAGGCUACCCAAGCUUCCCAAGGGAACUCGUGAUUUUGGGAAAGAACAAAUGGCAGUAAGAGAGAAAGCAUUCUCCAUUAUAACAGAGGUUUUCAAGAAGCAUGGUGCCACGGCACUUGAUACUCCUGUUUUUGAAUUGAGAGAGACUUUGAUGGGAAAAUAUGGUGAGGACUCAAAGUUGAUAUACGAUCUUGCUGACCAGGGUGGAGAGCUUUGUUCUCUACGAUACGACUUGACUGUUCCAUUUGCAAGAUAUAUGGCUAUGAAUGGACUUACGUCAUUGAAGAGAUACCAAAUUGCUAAAGUAUACAGGAGGGAUAAUCCUUCUAAGGGUAGAUACCGUGAGUUUUACCAGUGUGACUUAGACAUUGCUGGGCAAAAUGUAAGGAUGGGGCCGGAUUUUGAGGUCAUAGAAGUUCUUGUUGAGUUGCUUGAUAAACUGAAUAUUGGAGAUUAUGAGAUAAAGCUGAACCACCGGAAGUUAUUGGACGGCAUGCUGGAAAUAUGUGGUGUGCCAGCAGAGAAAUUCAGAACUAUUUGCUCAAGUAUCGACAAGUUAGACAAACAGUCAUUUGACCAGAUCAGGAAGGAGAUGGUGGAGGAAAAAGGUUUAACUGCUGAGGUGGCCGACCGCAUUGGCAAUUUUGUAAAGGAAAGGGGUCCACCUCUGGAAUUGUUGGCAAAGCUUCAAGACACGGGGAGCAAAUUUUUGGAAAAUGAAGGAUCUGUGCAUGCCCUGAAGGAUUUGGAAAUAUUGUUCAAUGCCUUGGAAAAGUCAAAGAGUAUUAACAGAGUUGUUUUUGACUUGAGUCUUGCCAGAGGUCUUGAUUAUUAUACAGGGGUGAUUUAUGAAGCAGUUUUUAAAGGGGCCACGCAGGUUGGAACAAUUGCUGCUGGGGGGCGUUAUGACAACCUUAUAGGAAUGUUUGGUACAAAGCAGGUUCCAGCAGUUGGUGUUAGUCUGGGAAUUGAACGAGUAUUUGCAAUAAUGGAGAAUCAGAUAAUUCGACCUACAGAGACGCAAGUGUUGAUCGGAUUUUUGGGGGAUGACUUGCCCUUAACUGCAGAACUGGUGAAGGAGUUCUGGGAGGCCGGAUUGAAAGCAGAAUUCUUGAUCAAUAAGAGAGUGAUGAAGCACAUCGAUUAUGCCAAAGAGUACCGGAUCCCCUGGUUAGUUCUAGUAGGCGAACGGGAACUGACUGAAGGUGUGGUGAAGUUGAAAGAUUUCGAGAAUGCCAAAGAGGAAGUAGUUCCUAGAAGCGCAAUCGUUCAAGAACUUCUCAGCCGUUUGGGAGCUGUGAGAACUUAGAUUACACUACUACUUUCAUACUGAGCAUGCUUUUGAUGCCAUAUACAAGCCUCUAUCGGUUGGAGGAUGCUGCUUCCAGGAACAAGAUUGAAACACUGAAAACGAUUUUUUUUUUUUUUUUUUGGGGUCAAAUACUGAAAACGAUUAUUUAAUAUUCAUAUAUACGCAGAAAAUGUUUGACAGGACUUGCUAUGGGAAUUCUCUGCUGUAGGAGUCAUUCUUUUUUUUUUUUCAUUGUAAAAAAGAUAGGGAGGGACGAUCAGCUUAAGUAUCUCUUCUAUUGUUUCCCUAUUUAUCGAAAUGCACUCCGUCAUUACUCAUUUCGAUGUUGGAGGAACUUUCAACA